GGCUUCGAAGUUGCACUACUGUUUUUUUAAAAGUCAUGUUAUGAAUAAAUAUUUUUUAAAAACCAUUUCAAUGAUAGUUAACGAUGUUAUUUAAAGAGAUUUUGUUAGCUGUUGUUCUUUUAUGUGGCUUUACGAAGGGAGUUUACGAAUUUGAACCAGCCGAUAUACAAGAGCUCGAGUUUGGGCAAUACCCAGAUGCGGUAGAAGAGUUCAAAAGCAAUGAAGAUGAUACUUCGGCCUUCGACGAUAGCCAGGAAAAGAAAGGCAAAGAUGACGAUGACGAUGACGAUGACGACGACGACGAGGAAAACGUAAGUGAUGAAGUAGGAGAAACCUUACUACCAAUGGAUGUGUCUUCCAUAUCCGUGGAGGGAAAGAAAGCUUCGAAGCAUGUAACCAAGCACACAAAGCCAGAACCUCCACAUAAAACGUUAAAGAAACAUAAGGAAAAUAAAGAAAAAGAUGCCAAAGCAAAAAAGGCUAACAAAGAAAAAAACACGAAAAAGGAAAAGGAUGUGAAGACCAAGAAAGUCCAAGACUCGAAACUGAAAACCAAAAAUACUAAAACCAGCAAACAUAAGCAGAGAGACAAAACAGAAAGACAUGAAAAGCUUCAGCAUCAACGCAAGCAGAAAGGCAAAAAAGUGCAAAAAGACGAUGAUGACGAUGCAUUUAAUAUCAACAAACUAUUUCCUCCGAAGAAACACGACUGGAAGAAGUUCGACCCCAAUGCACAUCCGUGGAUCGGCACUCAAUAUUCAGACUCGAAGCAAGUAAAACCAUGGUUCAUUCAUCCUGCUGCCCAAGGGCGAAAAAGACCAAAUAUCCAACCUUAUGGUGCGAGGGCCGCCGGUGCGAACCGAUAUAACCCACGCUAUCCACAACCUGGUGGACAACGAAAUCCAUACUGGGCACAACAGCGGUUCCAGCAACAGCUGCUAGCACAAUCUUUAUGGGAUGGUUAUCAGCCACAGCAACCAAAUAUCUACGCACCACAACAGCCAAGUAGCUACCAAGCUCAACAACCGAAUCCUUACCAAGCCCAAAGCUUAAAUGGUUUCCAACAGCCAACAUCUUACUCUCAGAAUCCACAACCAACAAACUUCCAAAGUCAAAACACCGCCGAUCAAGGCCAACAGCUACAACAGGUACAAACCCCUGUUGCUCAACAAUCACCUGCAGUUGGGCAAUUUUCCACAGGCUUUGGAGCGGGCCAAGCUCCAACCCAAAAUCUUCAGCCGCCAACCACGUGCCCUGCAACCUGCAGUCGUAAAUGCACGACGGAAUGUCCCGAAGAAUGCUGCGCAAAGCAUUUCGAAAAAGUUAACGAUAAAGAAUCGGGGCCAAGUUCCUUUAUUAGUGACUGUCCGGCCGAGUGUAAGGUCAAGUGUGGCAUUCAUUGUCCACAGAAAUGUUGUGGUUUAAACUUCUGUCCUUUCGUGUGCCGCAAGUCGUGCUUAUCCAGCUGCCCGAAGAGAUGUUGCCUUCUACUUAAAGAGUUUUUGCCACCUCUUGCUCUUCCCCCGCUGAAGCUAUCGGCUGCUAUCUGCCCAAAUCAUUGCGGGAACAAAUGCUCCACUGACUGCCCCCAAGCCUGUUGUUCAAAGAGUGUAAUUCCUGAUCAAACGACAAAAUGUCCAUCUGUUUGUCUAAAGGGAUGCACAAUUGGUUGUCCUAGAGAAUGCUGCAACGCGCUGGAAGACAAAGUCUCGUUUCUCGAAAUUCACCAUAAGCCCAGCUACCAUCCCUCCGACACAUGCGAUAUGACUUGUAAAAAGUCCUGCACGACCGACUGUCCUCCGCGUUGCUGCUCAGCCGAAGUAACUCCUUCGACUCGGGCUUUAACGGUCGGGCGACGUACGUUCACCGGCUGUCCUUCCGUCUGUCGAAUUGUGUGCGCCAGCGAGUGCCCAAAAUAUUGCUGUCCUGUGGAAAAGCCGGAGGAGAAAGCUAAAAAGGUUGGAGGAGAAAGCUCGGAUGACGACGAGAUGGAAGCAGACGAUGACGACUAUGAAGACGAAGAUAUGGAUGAGAGUGAAGAACAGCAUCAUAACGAUCUAGUUUUGAACAAAAUGAAAGAACUGAGGCAACGUGAAAGAGAGCGUUUGGCACAAGAAGCAGCCGAUAAGCUUGCUAUUGCCAAGGCGAGGUUGGAGGAACAGCAGAAUAAGAGUUGUCCAGCAAGUUGUAAUUCUCAGUGCAGCGCCACGUGUUGCCGAUUAUGUACGAUUCCCGGACACAAACCGCAUUUCUGUUGUAAGGUGUACUAUCGCCAGGCAUUCCCGGAUUGCCCUGCGAUUUGCGAGGAGAAAUGUGAUAGCACGUGUCCAAGACGUUGUUGUGGGCCCGGACGAACGCUGACCGGCUAAACUAUGCUGUAAAAUACACAAUUAAAAACAUUUUCCAUGACUUUUACAUUUGUACAGGCAAUUGCUGUACAUCUAAUCCAAUGGAGUACUCGAAGUACCUAUUUGUUAUAAACUGUAUUAUAAUGCCUGAUGUAAUAGUUGUUAAACGCACAGGCAGUAUUUGGAACAGACAUACCAAUGAAAGUAACCUGCGUGUUCGGCGAAACAGUAAUAAUAUUUGUACUUACAAUAUUGCAUGCAUGCAUGCAACCUGUAUAUGAAGAAGAUAUAGGGGUCCGAAUCAAAUGAAGAUAUCCAGUGUCCACGUUUACUCGUAAUGGUACUUUGCUAUAUUUCGCUGUAAAAUAUUACCUAAAAGAUCAUACUUCAUCUUGCAUAAAAUGAAAAUGACUAUCGUUGCAACAAAUAUUUUUUGUUCUUCGUUCUUUGGGUGUCUCCCUAAGCUGAUAAACGAUGAACUGGAUCAAAAUAAAAUCAGAAUUCUUUUCUUAACAGAAUACAACGAAAUGACU